AGUAUUUGUUUAUUAAAGUACGACAAAGAUUCCCACUCGGAAUGUUUUAAUACUCUUAUAUUAUACAAUUUGUUCUUUCUCUCUUUCUCUCUCUACCAUAAAGCAAAUGUGAUCAGAGACAAAGCAUACAAAGAAGUUCCUCAUUCAAAAAAGAUUUCUCAGCCAUCAAAAUUCCCUUUCUCUUCAUCCAACAACAAAAAAAUACCCCUCUUUUUUCUUCCAAAUAGAGAAGUUAAUUAAGAAAAGGAAUUAUCAGGUUUUGUUUCGGCUGAUCUGAGAAAGUUCAUCUAUGGAUACGGCUCAAUGGCCACAGGAGAUUGUAGUGAAACCCUUGGAAGAAAUAGUAACAAACACACGCCCAAAGCCGCAACCGCAACCGCUUCAACCACAGCAGCCAUCUACGGCGGGUGGAGAGAGGAAGGCAAGGCCAGAAAAGGACCAAGCUGUAAACUGUCCGAGAUGUAACUCAACCAAUACAAAGUUUUGUUACUACAACAAUUAUAGUUUGACGCAACCAAGAUACUUCUGCAAAGGUUGUAGAAGGUAUUGGACCGAAGGCGGUUCGCUUAGGAACAUUCCUGUUGGCGGUGGCUCAAGAAAGAACAAGAGAUCUCACUCUUCUUCUUCUGAUAUUAGUAACAACAAUCACUCGGAUUCAGCACAACCAGCUACAAAGAAACAUCUCUCUGAUCAUCACCAUCACCUCAUGAGCAUGUCUCAACAAGGUUUGACGGGUCAAAACCCUAAAUUCCUCGAGACGACCCAACAAGAUCUCAAUUUAGGUUUUUCACCACAUGGGAUGAUCAGGACCAACUUCACUGACCUCAUCCAUAACAUUGGCAACAACAGCAACAACACUAACAAGAGCAACAACAAUAACAAUCCAUUGCUUGUUUCUUCAUGUUCUGCCAUGGCUACUUCUUCUCUGGAUCUCAUAAGAAACAAUAGUAAUAACGGGAAUUCAUCAAAUUCUUCCUUUAUGGGAUUUCCAGUUCAUAAUCAAGACCCAGCAUCAGGAGGGUUUUCAAUGCAAGAUCAUUACAAGCCUUGCAACACAAACACCACACUUCUAGGGUUUUCAUUAGAUCAUCAUCAGAAUAAUGGGUUUCAUGGAGGGUUUCAAGGAGGUGAAGAAGGUGGCGAAGGCGGUGAUGAUGUGAAUGGAAGGCACUUGUUUCCUUUUGAGGAUUUGAAAUUGCCGGUUUCUUCUUCAUCAGCAACAAUUAAUGUCGACAUUAAUGAACAUCAGAAGCGAGGAAGUGGUAGUGAUGCAGCUGCUACGUCUGGUGGGUAUUGGACUGGGAUGUUGAGUGGAGGAUCAUGGUGCUAAUUUCUCGGUUUGGUUGAUGAAGAUAGUCCAAUUAAUGGUUAAUUAUUGCUAUUUAUUUAAUUAAUCAUUAUGUUCUUAAUUUCGCUUUGAAUUUUCUUAUUGGUGGGGUUUUUUUUUUUUUUUUUUUUUUUUUUUUUGUUAACUUGGAUUUAAGGAUACUAUCGGGGGUGCAUGCAUAUUGAAUGACUUUAAUUUGUUUUGAAUUUUGUUAUCUCUAACACAGAUUAUAAAUGAUACAUUGGUUGGUCUUUUGAUGUUC